AUGUCUUGUAUGGGCGAUGUAGCACUACGCGACCGUCUACCAGCUCUAUGGAGGCGGAUAGAAGACACGCACUAUAGUUAUUUAGAGAUUGACGACAGCCCAGAGAAACUGCAACAGAAGAAAAAGUUAGAAGGCUAUAUUACGGAAUACUUAUCCUUAGUCCCACACGAGUGCAAGUUUGGUUUAUCCGAGACUGGUAAAGUGUUCCAACGGACUGUAAAUGAAUUGCAAGAUUAUAGUGCAUACAGAGCUGGAAUAGGUUGGGCAGCAUUAGCACGAUAUGCUGGAAACUUACUAGCACAGCCAUGGAGGAAAGAAUAUAAAGUUAUUCGGUUAUAUUCGGGCUUCUUCAAACAUGAAGUCGAAGCAAAUCUCAUAGGCGGCGAAAGCUUGCUCCAAGCGAUGGGCUAUCGGCCGAUCGGUGCAGGUCGUCUAGCGUUGGACGGACCGAUUUGUCCUGACAUGGCCGCUGCAAUAUCCCGGGACGCUCUCAUUGCUCAGUGUGAAUGUCAGAUCAUGUCUUCAAUUUGGGAGAGUGUGUGGGGCAACGGAGGUCGCGUGUCGUGGGUGGAAAUUGCUCGAGAUCGUUCCUCCUUUGUAUCGGAUGUAAACUGUGCUGUUUCUAGGCUUAUUGGAUAUACUGAUGAUAACGAAAUAUAUUCCAACAUGCCUAUGCCGGCUGAACCUCAACGACGUCUCAUUGACACCGGCUACACACCCUGUCAUUGUCCCGAAACUCCUAUAGAAGAACCAAUCCAGCCACCUAUGCAUCCCUACAUGGCCAUGCCGCAUAUGCUCUAUCCCCACUCUGACAUGCCUGUACCCAUUCCACAGUGUAACGUCCCCAUGAUACCCUACGGAGUGCCCUACUAUUAUCCCCUACAAACACCCUACAUGAUACCUACUCCGGUCUAUGCCCCUAUAAAGCAUGCUACGAAUGUCCCCAUAAAUGGAUACCAUCCUCAAUACCGCUACCCAACAGUACCCACCGCACAACUUAUCGAACUUGACUCUGAAAAGGAGGACAGACGAAAACACAGACUGGACAGAAGAUCAAAAUCCGGAUAUAGUGACGUGUCCAUACCCAGUUUCCCAAGAUCUGAUACUCAACCUACACUAAAAGCUAAAGAAGACGGGAUGGGGACGUAUGAAAGCUGGGACUACGUGUUUAGAAAUCUAUCGAGCAAGAACCAAGAAGGAGAUAGCAAAAGUGGUUUCUCUCAAUCCUUGGACAGAGAUUCGCGAACCCUGGACAGACUAGAACGAGAGGAGCGGAGAAAAUUCCAACCGACAACGAUGGACUUGGAGGACGGACUGCAAGCUUUAAACUUAGACAGGUCAUACGAUGAAGAAAUGUACAGAACAGCGAAAGUGAACGAAAAUCUAAUGAGGUUAAAGCUAGAGCAAGAAGCGAAGAGGACAAGAAAGAAACAAGAGGAGAAGAAAGUGAAAAAGCCAGAGUCUAUACCACAUCCGAAGGCAGACGGUCUAGUCACACCUAAAGUUGCUCCGGAUAAGGUCAAAUUGCUCUCAAAGAAGGAUAUAAAGGAUAGGAAAGAAGUUAUAAAGCAAACGGUAAAUGGAACGACGUCCAAUUCUGAAGUGAAGAAAGUGAAGAAGCCCGUCAAACUAGUCGCAGCUGAGAUCGAGAAAUCGAAAAAGCCUUUAGAGAAUGGUGUACACAAGGGGCACAGUUCUAAAAAUGUACCAAGUACGAGUUCGCACCCGUACGACCUAAAAGCCCAACUGGUGGUAUCGCUAGAUGAACCGGAUUCGCGCCAAUCACCCCCAAAGCUCAACGGGAACCGCGAGCGAACGCCGAACCGAACACCGAGUCGAAUUGAACACGAGCAAAAGUGGCAGUGCGCCACAUGCACGUAUCUCAACAGAAACAACGUGCAGGCGUGCGAAAUGUGUGGAAAAUCGAAACGGGGACCGGAAAUAGAACCUUUGACUUCCGGUGGCAGGGAGUGCCCCGCUUGUACGCUCGUUAACAAGCGAGACGCGAAAGCUUGUGACGCGUGCGGCACUAGUUUGGAGCAUUGUCCUACGUAUAUUUAG